UUUAGCUAAGUUUAUACAGAUGAAGUUGGUUUGGCAGCUACCGGUGUUGUGCCACAAAAGUCAUUUCUAAUAUUUCUCUGCUUUUUUAGUGCCCAAUAUGUUUGCUUAUAUUGGUAAAUAAACUGUAUUCAAGAGGAUUUAUAAAGGUGUUAUAUAUAAAAAAUAAUGAUUAUUUUGCAAGUAUUUUUAUGACUCUUUGUAUUUGCACCCACAUUAUAUCCAAUCAGUUAGUCCAGUCAUUUACAACAGAUGAAAUAUAGUCAUUUUUGGCAAAUACUGGAAAUUAAUUGUUGUCUGACUUUUUGCCACAGCACCUGUUGUUGUGUAAGGUUGCAGUCUGGUAUUAAAGCAGGCUUAGAAGAUGUGCAAGUUCUUUUUGAGGCUGUUUUUUCAGUGUGAACACAGAAAGUUGUGAAAACCUGGACAAUAUGUGAAGUGAUGACAGCUCCAAACUCAGCAGAAAGGAAGACCUGCUGGGAUGCCAGGGAUCAUCUCUGGAAGUGUUUGGAUGAUAAUGAUGACAAUGUUGCAUCAUGCCAGAGGUUCCAGAGCGAAUUUGAGGCUAAAUGCCCGGCCCAGUGGGUGAAGUAUUUUACCAAAAGGAGAGACUUCCUGAAAUACAAGGAGAAGAUGCAGACAGAGGGAUUCACACCUGCUGAAGGCCCCCAGGGGGCAUCCUAAUCACCUAGAAACCAUCAAGAGCUGCAAGCUGGCCUGGGUUUGCUGAGGUGCAGGACUUGGACAGGAGCUUGUGGCUUUGUUGCGGACAGAGUGCGUGAAGAUCAAACUAAUAAUGUUAUUUAUUUUUAAAAAUAAAGGCUGCUUUAGGAAAUGCAAAUGGCAGCACAAGGGACCUGUUUGAAAAUCCUCAUAUCUUCUAUCCCCAGAAAUGCUAAAGAGUCCAGAGUUAUGGAGUCCAGUAGGAUUUCACCUCAAAGUAACGUGUCAUUUUGGACAGAUUUUACUAUCAUUACCUCCUGCUGGAAUUCUGAAGUCUCACAUUCAACCUGUUGCCAUUAGUUCUCACAACACUGUCCAAUAUUAAUGUUUCUGUGGUUCUCUUCAAGCAAAACAAUUUUUUUCCCUAACACGUCUGUAUUUCUCUCAGCAGAACAGAGAAUCUGUUCUGGUGUUUUUCUUAAAAAUAUGUGAUUUGCAAAUAAGAGCUGAUCUGAUAGUGGAGAUUUAAACUCUUUACUCUCAUUUUUUGAAAAUCUUGAAAGCUUGAAUGACUUGUGUCGUUCAAGAAUAAAUCAAAACAACAGA